CAGGAAACUCGGAGCGCUGAAAGGUGACAUCAAAGCGGGGGGGUAGGCAACGAAGCCUGUAGUAAUUUGCCACCGAGAGCACCGGGAGAGGAGGCGUUUCCCCCGGCCCGCCACGCCCCCGGCCCCACCAGCCAGCGAACGCAACAACCAAUGGGGAAAGGGCGCUAGGACCCGGGGGGGGGGGAAAGGACCCCCUUGCAAGCGGCAAGCGGCUCUGCUGCAUUAUAAAUACUUCUCCAAAAUGCGGCGGAGCUCCUUUCUCCCUUCGCCACCGCCGCCUCCGCACCAUUAAAAAAAAAGCUGCAAGCGUAGAGCAGCCUCUUGGCAGGCAAGCUUCUCCCCCCCUUUUUUCUCCCCCCUUUUCCUUUUCUCCCCCCCACCCCAUCCGACAUUUCCUAAGCCCCCCUUUCCCCCCCUCCUCGGCCGGUUUGCAUGCAUUGUCUGUCUCCCAAAAUGGUUUGUGAGACUAAGAUAGUGGCGGAAGAUCAUGACUCGAUUUCAGGAGCCAAAAAGGAGAGUCUGCUGGUCUCCUCGUCCGCUCAGAUGUGGCCUUCCUCGCGGGCCGGAUCCGGAUCGCCCGCCGCGGGGCCGCAGCUGCAGCCGCAGCCUCCUCCGCCGAGCCCCGCGCCCGACGGCGAGGACCAGAAAAAGGGCGUCUGCAUCAGGGAGUUUCACCCUUCCGAGCAGGAAGCGGUGCGCCGCAUCUUCUACGAGGGCAUCAUGGAAAGGAUCCCCAACACCGCCUUCCGAGGGCUCAAAGACCAGCCCUGGACGCAGAUGGUCUACGGGACAAUGGCCGGUAAGCGCGAUCGCGGUUGCGGACACGGGGGGUGGGAAAGAACCGGAAGCGAUCGCCUUAACCCCCCCCCCAACGCAUCUCCCGGUGCACAGCAGGGAGGAUCGGCGGAGCCUGGAUGCGCCUUCGCGGUACCGGCAGGAGGCGGCGGAUGCUCCGUUCGCCGCAGCCCCGACGGCGCGCCCGGCUGCAGCUCCCUCGCCGAGCCGGAGCGCGCAGCAGAAGCGCGCGCGGGGGGAAGGGGGCCCUCUGCGGGCCGCGGAUGGGGCGCCUUUCCGGGCCAAGCCAAGCCGGCCUGAUAGCCUCCAGAUCGGGGGCUAGACUCCCCCAGCGCCGGGCAUGUUCCUGCUUGCGGGUGGGAGAAAAGAGAGCAUCUCCCCCGACGCGCAGCAAGGUCCCUCCUGCGGAAGGUGCGCGCGCCCCUCUUUCCUCCUAGGCCAGCGAUUCGGAGUCACUCCGCAUCAGUGGCGGGGCAGGGGAACUUGGGCGAAGGGGCCUUUGCGCGAGUUUCCUGCGGCUCGGCGCAGAACUCGGAUUUCGCAAGUCCUUGCACCUUUAGCCCUCGCGGGGCAGCGUUCACACGUGACGCGCGCCAGGCGAGCGUUGCCACUUUCCUACCGCCGGAAAGCCCAGCGAGCCUGCCUCGCUACGCUUGGGGGAGGGGGCAGCAUGUCUGAAAAGCAGAGCAGCUGCCGGCCAAAAGAAGCCGCCUUGUGUCUAGGAGUCUCGCAUUUCCCAGGGACGUGGCUGCAGGCUGCAGAGACGCGCAGACAGGGUCAGCCAAGCAGGGACUGUCGCAGGUUUCGCUUCGCGGAGGUGCAAAGUUCGCAAGCGGCCUCCGUGGGAGGAAGCUCCUGCAGCCAAGAGCAUGCAAGCACUGCGGCCCCGAGUUAGCUUUUGCAAUCGGAGCCAAAUCCAUGCACAUUCCAUUCUGGCAGGUGUGCUCAAACCGCUACAUGCUCUGUGCAGCACACGCAUCUUGUGGCAGGGAGGGGAGCUCUUUGGCUGUGCAUGCCUCCUUUACAUGUGCUCUGUGCCUGCCUCAUAUGGCAGGCGCCUCCCCCAGCUGGUGCAAGAGCUCAGAGAGAGGUGCUUUUUCAGCACAGACCUGAGAGGACACGCUACCAGCCACACCAGGAUGCCUGGACCACGAUAUCUUGCUUGGCUAACUAGCCGUUAUAAAUGUCCAUAGUGAUCACUCAAAGUGUUAUAUGCGGACCAGCAUCCCCUUGUAAAGGCCAAGUCCUUGCUAGUUAAACAGAUCAACCGUGCCCUGUUAAAGCUUAUGCACACAAACUGCAGCAAGCACUAAUUAUCGUUGACUAUUCCAGACAGUUUAUCCUCCUCCCCCCCCCCACGCCACCUGAUUAUGAGCAGCAAAUGAGCUUGGGUUGCUCAUUUCCUUAGAAAAUCCAGCCUUGCACAUUAUAAUUUGCAGGAAAGAUCUUGAGAAAUGGGACCUUCAUGGUCCCAUCAUUCUGUAGGGGCUUUGGUGCAGUCCCUCCCCCCCCAGCUGUCAAUUAGUGUCCAGAACUUACUGGUUGCAUUUUCAGUCUUUAUUUUUGCCUCCGUUCUACCAGCAAUCUUGCCUGCUUUUAAUUUUAAUAGACUUAUUUUUUGAAAGGAAAACUGAAGUUGGCAGAAAAGGUUUUCUCUGAGCUAGGAGGGGAGAUAACAUUUGACAACACUGUUGUGAGGGGGAAUUUCAGAACGGAUCUACCUCGGCUCCGGUGCAUUUGAUUCUGGGGGUGCAAAGAUGUCAGAUGCCUCUGAUGACUGGGAAAGGAUAAGUGUAUUUGCAUCCACCCUGAAACAAGUAAAAAUGCCUCUAUCUCUGAAUUACUCCCCAGCGCGUUCAGUUGUGGGUCAGGAAGAUUGAUUUCCUCUCAUCUCUCCAUAAAGAAUAGUGAUAGUCUAAUAUUUUCAUCCUGUCUGAAAAAAUAAGAGGGAGCCUAGCGGAUUUCACUUGGGAGAGAAUAAAUACCACAACCCAGAAGACUGCAUUUUUCUCCCCCAUUUGCCUUAAUUUCAUGAGUUCAUAUGGGAGUUUCUGGGGGACGACAACACCACAUUUUAUUUCAAAAAACCCCAUAUGAACCAACCGGGCCUCUGUGAGGCCAUUUAAGGCUUUAAAGGUCAGCACCUGCACUCUAAAUCAAUGAAACAGAUAGACAACCAGCUCCAGUUACGCCCCGGCUGCUUCAGGCGUAGUGCAGUCCCGUUCAGAAUAGGUUAAAAAUCUUCGCACAAAUUUCCAAUAGUGCCUCCAUCUUAUAUGGUUCAAGUUCCGUUUGCUUAUCUCGCUCAUUCCUGAAUUAAUUGAGUGUUGCCUCUGUUGCCUCCACACAAUUUGUUGUUGUUGUUUAGUUGUUUAGCCAUGUCUGACUCUUCAUGACCCCAUGGACCAGAGCAUGCCAGGCACUCCUGUCUUCCACUGCCUCCCGCAGUUUGGUCAAACUCAUGCUGGUAGCUUCGAGAACACUGUCCAACCAUCUCGUCCUCUGUCGUCCGCUUCUCCUUGUGCCCUCCAUCUUUCCCAACAUCAGGGUCUUUUCCAGGGAGUCUUCUCUCUCAUGAGGUGGCCAAAGUAUUGGAGCCUCAGCUUCAGGAUCUGUCCUUCCAGUGAGCACUCAGGGCUGAUUUCCUUCAGAAUGGAUAGGUUUGAUCUUCUUGCAGUCCAUGGGACUCUCAAGAGUCUCCUUCAGCACCAGAAUUCAAAAGCAUCAAUUCUUCGACGAUCAGCCUUCUUUAUGGUCCAGCUCUCACUUCCAUACAUCACUACUGGGAAAACCAUAGCUUUUACUAUACGGACCUCACCUUGCCAGCAAACGUCCGUAUAGUAAAAGCUAUGGUUUUCCACACAAUAGAAGAUUUAAAAAAAAAACAACCUGAGAGGUGCCACAAACGUAUGGUUCUUCAGCCCAAACAUUCGGAUAACUUCUCCCACUGUUUCCAUGUAGAUGUUGAAAAGCAAGGGAGAUGAGAUGGAACCUUGUGGCAAGCUGGAAGCCAAUGGCCAUUGGGUGGAAGAUCAGGUCUCCCAGCACACCUUCUGGGAUCAGCCUCGCAGGUACAAGUGGAACCACUGCCAAACAGUGUCUCCUCAUCUCACCCUUGCAAGGCAUCCUAGAAGGAUAUCAUACAGAUAGUCAGUAGUCACGAAAGGCACUGAACGCUCCAGGAAAAUCCGACAGAGUCACAUUUUUCUCCCCACCCCAUUCUCCCAAGUGAUUGUCUAAAAAAGUACCCUGAAUAAUUGAGCAACAAUUAAUUUCAAGUAUUUUAUUUAAUGCAAGUAUCUGCAAAAGUUCCCUUUUGAGGAAUUUCCCCCUUUCCUGCAGAGGAGAAGACGCUUCUUCCAAAAUAAUGGCUGCCACAAUGACAGCACAUAGGAAGCCUGUUUUUGUUUCGGAACAAUUCGCUUUUAUUCAAGUGUCAAAUUAGUCGAGUAUUUAAUCAGCUGAGAUUUUGUUUGACUGAAUGACGGAUGUACUCGAUUUCUUUCCAACCUCAGUUUAAUAUACUGUUUUAGUGUGGUAAUCCUGUUACAGUGGUACCUCGGGUUACAUACGCUUCAGGUUACAUACAAUUCAGGUUACAGACUGCACUAACCCAGAAAUAGUGCUUCAGGUUAAGAACUUUGCUUCAGGAUAAGAACAGAAAUCGGGCUCCGGUGGCGCGGCGCCAGCAGGAGGCCCCAUUAGCUAAAGUGGUGCUUCAGGUUAAGAACAGUUUCAGGUUAAAAACAGACCUCCGGAACGAAUUAAGUACUUAACCUGAGGUACCACUGUACAUGGAAGUAAGCCACUCUGAGUUAAACACCAUUUGGACUUACUUCCAAGUAAAUGUAAACAGGAUUGUCCCCGAAUGAACAUGAAAUGCAUUGCGCACUUAGCGAUAAAAUCAUAAUGUGUGAGGUUUUUUUGUUUUUAAAAGUAUAAACGCUGUGUUUUAUUCAAGCAAUGAUUACAAAUAUGCCCAGUAUUAGAGAUGAAGCUGCAAGUACCCAAAUAGGUAAAGGGACCCCUGACCAUUAGGUCCAGUCGUGACCGACUCUGGGGUUGCAGCGCUCAUCUCGCUUUAUUGGCCGAGGGAGCCGGCAUACAGCUUCCGGGUCAUGUGGCCAGCAUGACUAAGCCACUUCUAGCAAACCAGAGCAGCACACGGAAACGCCGUUUACCUUCCCGCCGGAGCAGUACCUAUUUAUCUACUUGCACUUUGACGUGCUUUCGAACUGCUAGGUUGGCAGGAGCUGGGACGGAGCAACGGGAGCUCACCCCGUCGUGGGGAUUCGAACUGCCGACCUUCUGAUCGGCAAGCCCAAGAGGCUCAGUGGUUUAGACCACAGCGCCACCCUCGUCCACCCAAAUAGAUAAUUGGGGCUAAACUGUACACAGAACUAAUUGUAGGCCGGAAUCAAAAGAGUUAAAUUUAUACGAUAAUGCUGAGGUUGCUCCUAAGGGCCUAACUAUACUUGACACUAAUUUCAUUGCUUGCAGUCAGUUUUUCUUUAUUUAAUUACAAGAAUAGCCCUCCCACCCCUUUCCCCAUUUGAUAGGCUUAGGGAAAGGUUCCCAUUGGCCCCUAAGACUUGCUGCAUGCAAGCAGGAGUGCUCUUCAAGAUCCUGGCAAGGGAGAGGAGGAUUCAGGUUUCCUUCCCUAUACACUACCAAGAGUAAUCACGGGGGAGGAAGUAAUAAAUAACAGUGAUAUGUCAUCAUAAUCAAGCAACAUAUAAUUAGCAUCUCUUGGAAGUUAAGACCUAAAGCCCCAUUGCUUUAUAUAUCUUGGCUAGCUUUAGAUGCAAAGGGAUGUGUAUGUGAGAGAGAGGGGGGUGGACAAAUGUAUGGAAAAGUGAGCUAUUAAUGGAUACUAGGCGCAGGGGCUGCUUGCUCCCUCCCAAGUUCAGAGGCAGUGUGCCUUUGAAUGUCAGUUGCCAGGGAACAAAGCAGAAAGUGCAUUGCAUUCACAUCUUCCUUGUGGGCUUCAUAUGGAGAACUGUAGUUACAAACAAACUGUAGUUUGAACUUGGUAGGCUUAAUCCAACAAGGCUCAUCUUUAUAUUCUUACGUAAGUUCAGCGUUUUAACAAGCAGAUCUCUUCUCGUGUCUACUUUAGCCCUUGUCUUUUCUAGCUGGGAAAGCAGGUAAAGGUAAAGGUCCAGUCGUGGCCGACUCUGGGGUUGCGGCGCUCAUCUCGCUUUAUUGGCUGAUGAAGCCGGCGAACAGCUUCCAGGUCAUACGGCCAGCAUGACUAAGCCGCUUUUGGUGAACCAGAGCAGCGCACGGAAACGCCGUUUACCUUCCCACCGGAGCAGUACCUAUUUAUCUACUUGCACUGGUGUGCUUUUGAACUGCUAGGUUGGCAGGAGCAGGGACCGAGCAAUGGGAGCUCACCCCGUCAUGGGGAUUUGAACCGCCAACCUUCUGAUCAGCAAGUCCUAGGCUCUGUGGUUUAACCCACAGCGCCACCCAUGUUGGGAAAGCAGGUAUAAAAUGAAAAUAGAAAAUAGGAACUAUCAACACGGUGGUUAGCAAGCCAUGGGCUGUGAAACGGUAUGAAGUUUGAGCCCUGGUCCGAUACCAUGCAGAGGCAGAGGAAAAUUGUAUUUUUAAUUGCAGGAGUUGUCCAGGUUGUGCCAGAAAGCUAGACCAGGUUCAUCAAGUCCACGGACCACUUUCCCUCCCUGCUGAGGCACGUGGGAACAAAAUCUGCUUCUAGACGUGGUUUUGAAUUUAUUGCCAGCUACUGUGAGGUGUUUUAAUUACUCCUUCCUCUUGGGUAUCAAUGCUCAGGGAAAGAGAGAAGAAUCUUUGAAGUGACUGGUGGUGCCAUUGCAGAAGGUUUGACUCUUGGGUUCUUGGUCUGUUCUUCCAUGAUGAAUGCCUUCUGGCCGGAGACCAGUUGCCCUGAUCCUGAGGGAGGCGUAUGUUUGGCAGAAGUCUUGCAAACCUGAUCAGGAAGGCUUUAAACAUUAUCGUGAAGUGAAGGGCGAUGCAAUAGGCAAUGUAAUACUAGAAGAUAGCACAGCAACAGGUAUAAUAAUAAUAAUAAUUUAUUAUUUGUACCCUGCCCAUCUGGCUGGGUUUCCCCAGCCACUCUGGGCGGCUUCCACAAAAAGAAAAAAUACACUAAGAUGUCACACAUUAAAAACUUCCCUGAACAGGGCUGCCUUAAGAUGUCUUCUGAAUGUCAGGUAGUUGUUUAUCUCUUUGACAUCUGAUGGGAGGGCGUUCCACAGGGCGGGCGCCACUACCGAGAAGGCCCUCUGCCUGGUUCCCUGUAGCUUUGCUUCUCGCAGUGAGGGAACCGCCAGAAGGCCCUCGGAGCUGGACCUCAGCGUCCGGGCAGAACGAUGGGGGUGGAGGCGCUCCUUCAGGGAUAUUGGGCCGAGACCGUUUAGGGCUUUAAAGGUCAACACCAACACUUUGAAUUGUGCUCGGAAACGUACUGGUGAGUGACUGAAAACGGGCAAAGUGAGUUAGUGCAUCUGGCUCUUAACCAGAAGGUGCGUUGCACAAAGUAAGGCUAGAUGGCCUUGAGGUUUCCUUCAGCUCUACAGUUCUAUGAUUCCAGUAUGUAGGGGAAAACAACAAGGCGGAAGCUGGCGUGUAGAAGCCAUGGUUUGCAGUGUCUGUGCGAAAGCACAGAAUAUGGGAGAGAAGCAUAUGUAUACCCAGUAUACCUGAAGGAGCGUCUCCACCCCCAUCAUUCAGCCCGGACAGUGAGGUCCAGCGCCGAGGGCCUUCUGGCGGUUCCCUCAUUGUGAGAAGUGAGGUUACAAGGAACCAGACAGAGGGCCUUCUCGGUAGUGGCGCCUGCCCUGUGGAACGCCCUCCCAUCAGAUGUCAAGGAAAUAAACAACUACAGUGGUACCUCAGGUUACAUAUGCUUCAGGUUACAAACUCCGCUAACCCAGAAAUAGUACCUCUGGUUAAGAACUUUGCUUCAGGAUGAGAACAGAAAUCGUGCUCCGAUGGUGCGGCAGCCCAUUAGCUAAAGUGGUGCUUCAGGUUAAGAACAGUUUCAGGUUAAGAACGUACCUCUGGAACGAAUUAAGUACUUAACCCGAGGUACCACAGUACCUGACUUUUAGAAGACAUCUGAAGGCAGCCCUGUUUAGGGAAGUUUUUAAUGUUUGAUGUUUUAUCGAGUUUAAUAUUCUUUUGGGAGCUACUCAGAGUGACUGGGGAGACCCGGCCAGAUGGCCAGGUAUAAAUAAUAAAUUAUUAUUAUUAUUAUUAUUAUUAUUUUAUAUAUGGGGUACUGAUAGGAUGAGAUGGUGUCUUAAGAUUCGCAUAUAUUCUGGGAGAAUGUAAUAGGUAGAGCAUUCACAGGGAAUAUGAGGUCACUUGGGCAAGAACUAGGAUCAGAAAGAGGUUUUAAAGAGGUUUUUGACCAGGUAGGCAGAUUGAGACAAAGGUCUCUCUUCAUACAGAUUGUUGUUGUUGCCAAUUGUUAUUACAACUACUACUGCUGUUAUAAAAACCAUUGCAUAUAGAAAACUCGAAUGGCAGCGAGAAGUUUAGAUUAGUACCCUUCUCCCUAACACCUACUCUUCCGUGUGUGAUGCUUUUGUGUGGUUUUAUAAUUUGUAGGAAGCCACCCAGUUAGAUGGGUGGCAUAAUAAUAAUAAUAAUAAGAAGAAGAAGAAGAAGAAGAAGAAGAAGAAGGAGCUUCUUUUAUUUGGUGGAGACUUGUGGGCCCCCUAAUGCACUCUUAAAUGGUACUUAGUAGAGACAGAUAGUGGGACGUGGGUGGCGCUGUGGGUUAAACCACAGAGCCUAGGACUUGCCAAUCAGAAGGUUGGCGGUUCGAAUCCCCGCGAGAGGGUGAGCUCCCAUUGCUCCGUCCCUGCUCCUGCCAACCUAGCAGUUCAAAAGCACGUCCAAGUGCAAGUAGAUAAAUAGGUACCACUCCAGCGGGAAGGUAAACGGUGUUUCCGUGUGCUGCUAUGGUUUGCCAGAAGAGGCUUAGUCAUGCUGGCCACAUGACCCGGAAGCUGUACGGUGGCUCCCUUGGCCAGUAAAGCGAGAUGAGCGCCGCAACCCCACAGUCGGCCACGACUGGACCUAAUGAUCAGGGGUCCCUUUACCUUUGCCUUAUAAUUUGUUGGAAGCUGCCCAGUUAGAUGGGUGGCAUAAGAAGAAGAAGAAGAAGGUUCUUUUAUUUGGUGGAGACUUGUGGGCCCCCUAAUGGUACUCAGUAGAGACAGUGAGUAGAGGAAGCCAAAAUGAUGCCAAUUCACCUCAAAGACUUUCUGCAGGUGGUGGGUAGAAGAGGAGGUGGCAGAGGCAGGCAGCCAUGCACACCAACCCACCAAGUAUCAUUGUGAUGUAUCUUCAGGAACGGCGUGUCCUGUUGCGAUAGAUUUGUUUUAUUUGGGGAUGUGAAAAAAGCUUUCUGAAGGCCGGUGUCCCCAAAGCUUGCCGGUCUUGGCUGCGUAAAACAGUCAGAAGAGGGUGAAUAUUGCAUAUGCUUGUUUCAGUGAAGUAGUGGUUAAUGCCAUUACUUCCUUGAUCCCAUGAUACCAGAAACCUACAAGCCUAUAUUCUAUGUCUAGGUGAGCCAUGAGUUGUAGCUACCCAGCUCCAGGCAUUCCUGGAUGAAUCUGGUUAUCUAGAUGCCAAUCCAUCAAUACAAUCAGAACCUGUUUUGGAGAAGGUUAUAAUAAUAAUAAUAAUAAUAAUAAUAAUAAUAAUAAUAAUAAAUUAUUUAUUAUUUAUACCCCGCCCAUCUGGCUGAGUUUCCCCAGCCACCCUGGGCGGCUUCCAAUCAAGUGUUAAAAACAAUAUAUUAUUAAAUAUUAAAAAGUUCCCUAAACAGGGCUGCCUCCAGAUGUCUUUUAAAAAGAAGAUAGCUGCUUAUUUCAUUCACAUCUGAAGGGAGGGCCCUCUGUCUGGUUCCCUGUAACCUCACUUCUCGCAAUGAGGGAACCGCCAGAAGGCCCUCAGGGCUGGAUCUCAGUUUCCGGGCUGAACGAUGGGGGUGGAGAUGCUCCUUCAGGUAUACAGGACUGAGGCCAUUUAGGGCUUUAAAGGUCAGCACCAACACUUUGAAUUGUGCUCGAAACGUACUGGGAGCCAAUGCAGAUCUCUCAGGACCGGUGUUAUGUGGUCCCGGUGGCCACUCCCAGUCACCAGUCUAGCUGCCGCAUUCUGGAUUAAUUGCAGUUUCCGGGUCACCUUCAAAGGUAGCCCCACAUAGAGUGCAUUGCAGUAGUCCAAGCGGGAGAUAACUAGAGCAUGCACCACUCUGGCAAGACAGUCUGUGGGCAGGUAGGGUCUUAGCCUGCAUACCAGGUGGAGCUGGUAGACAGCUGCCCUGGAUACAGAAUUGACCUGUGCCUCCAUGGACAGCUGUGAGUCCAAAAUGACUCCCAGGCUGCGCACCUGGUCCUUCAGGGGCACAGUUACCCCAUUCAGGACCAGGGAAUCCCCCACACCAGCCCGCCCCCUGUCUCCCAAAAACAGUACUUCUGUCUUGUCAGGAUUCAACCUCAAUCUGUUUCAAAGGUUGCACUACCUAUGAAAAAAACAGGUUCCCAAUGUUCUGUAUCUGACUUUAUUCCUGGAUUCUCAGGUGGCAGCUGUGACCAGGAGUGUCUCUGUACAGUUUGACCAACUGUGCCCGUUUCUAGGGAUGGCAGACUUGGCCGCAGUCAGACGGCCUGGACCUCUGUAACUUGGUCUCCUUUGUCAGAAACUGCUGCUAGGACAAAAUGCUACCGCUGGACAAUUGAUUGGUGUUGGUUUUUUGGUGUGUGUGGCAGGUAUUGCUGUUAUCGUACCGCUUGCCUACGACUUUUGUGGUGGCAAGUAUUGAUGUGAUCCCACGGCUGCCACCACUUUUGUGGCGAUCACACAGGGUCCCCGGACGUUUGACGGUCUAUUGAUCCCUGUGCCACCACUGUGAUUGCUUUCCCGCUGCCACCAACCCGUUUCUCUCGGCUACACACAGAGUCCAGACAGUUGUUAACAUUAACAAAUAAUCAAGUUUAUUUUUAUAAGCAUGAACAAGUUUAAGGUUUCAGUUAAUUUUUCUUGGCAGUUUUUCAAUCUUAGUUUCUUUACUGACCUAUACAUUCCUAACAACUUCAAACUGGUUAUCCCAACUAUCUGUCUGACUCCACCUAACAGUUCCUCUCACUCUCUCACAACACAACUCGAUCAACCCACAGACUUAUCCUCCCUCUUCCUUCUCCAACUCCCAACUCUCAACUGACUUCCACACAACUCUAACUCUAACUCCUCCCCUUGGGUUCCCACUGGCCAAUCACUUCACACUCAUUUAACCCUUUCCUUAUGACCCACCUAGGAGGCAAACGCCACAGUGUGCCUUUGACUUCUUUUUUGCAUCAAUUGCACUGGCUGUUGGUCUGUUUGCAAAUGCAGUUCAAAAUUGCCCCCCAAACUCCAAAGGAACCUUUAAUGAUGCUGCCCAUUCACUGAGGUCAUUUGCAGAAGAUGCCCAGGUGGAAAGGAACAGGGCCUUCUCAGUGGUGGCACCCAGCCUUUGGAACCCCCUUCCCCAGUAUAUCAUACCCCCGCCAUGGACAUUCUGUAAUAUACUCAAUAUUAUUUUAUGUUAAUACCGUAGGUUUUUUUGCCUGCUGACACCCUUUCAGUUGUUGUUGUUCUGUGUGUGUUUGUUUUAAAACAUGUUUGUUUAUUUUCAAAUAUAGAAAUACAUGGGCACAAAUGCAGAUUAAUACAGUAAAGCAGACAUUAAGACAGAAGCCAAAAAAGAAAAAACCAAACAUCUUUAAUAGACAAUUCCAUGUGGCUGCAUGAUCCUGAAGCUAGGAGGGAUACUUUCUCAUAUCUAUCUAUCUAUAUAUAUAUAUACAUACACGCAUAUAUGUGUGUGUGUAUAUAUAUAUAUAUAUAUAUAUAUAUAUAUGUAAAGACUGAGGUUAUUUUUGUAGGGGUGUUGCUGUUUGCUACUCCAUCAGUUAUUAAUUAUGACUCAUGCUUUUAUAUUUUUACACUUUUUUUUUUAGCUGCUUUGGGCGGUUCAAAUUCUAAAUAAGAAAGGCUGCAAUUUAAGUUCUUUUAUUAACAAAUAAUUAGAUUUUCAGAGGUGUUAGCUCUCCUUCCCAGUUUUACAGAUGACAUCAGAUGGAGAGGGAAACAUGUUGGAAUAAAUUAAAUGAUCAGGAAAGAAUGGAAAGCUGAGCUGAAACGAACAAAAUCAAAUUAAACAGAGAAAUAGAAACUUCUGUGUUGUGGCAAAGCAAAAUAAUUCAGUGCAUGUGUAUAGGAUUGGGAGAGAGGACCCUAGCUAGCUUCACAAUAGUAAAUUUGAACAGGAUCUCAGGUUUGCAGCUGAUCACAAGUUGAACAUGAGUCAGCAGUGUGAUGCAGCUGUGGGGGGGAGGUUAAUGCCAUUUUAGGCUGUAUUAAUAGAACCAGGGUUUCCAAGACACACGAAGCCAUAGUUCCACUUUAUUCCGCACUAGUCAGACCUCAUUUUAAUUGCUGUGCCCAAUUCUGGGUGCUACACUCUAGGAAAUGACCUUUGGAUAUCUAGAGAGCCAGAGAUGUGCCAUAGGAGAAUGCAGAGAAACAGAAUGAAUUACAGUGGUACCUCGGGUUACAUACGCUUCAGGUUACAGACUCCACUAACCCAGAAAUAGUGCUUCAGCUUAAGAACUUUGCUUCAGGAAGAGAACAGAAAUCGUGCUCCGGCGGCUCAGCGGCAGCAGGGAGGCCCCAUUAGCUAAAGUGGUGUUUCAGGUUAAGAACAGUUUCAGGUUAAGAACGGACCUCCGGAACGAAUUAAGUACUUAACCGAGCUCGAUGUGAUCAGCCUAUUAGACAAAAUAAAAACCGACAAAUCACCAGGUCCAGAUAACAUACAGACAUCCCUCAGAUCAGCCCAAGAACUGGAAAGUAGCCAUUGUCACACCGGUUUUCCCAAAGGGAUCCAGGGGUGUGUGGAAUCCUGGACAUUACAGACCGAUUAACCUAGCAUCCGUCCUGGGAUAACUGGUGGAAAGUAUUGUUAAAGAUAAAAUAGCCACACACUUUGCUGAACCAGAGUCAAUGUGGUUUCUGCAGAGUGUGUUCUCCUUCAUGGUGGGGGCAAACCAGACAUCCCUCUGUUGCUGGGCGGGUUAGUUUGGAUGGCCACGAAUCUUAUUGGGCACCUCUUGGUCGUUAGGGAGAAUUUGAUGUUGCAAUUUAUGAUUGACAGGCCAAGGGGCUAUUUAUUCCCUGCGCGCAGCGUUGAGCUGCCUCUUUUCGCUGCGCGCAUCGGAUCACCCACCCACCCUCCCUAUAUUUAGGCCUGUUUGCAUUGACCUUGCUAUGCCUGUCAUGGGGUCGUCUGCUUUGGGGCAGGGGCCUGGUAGAAUUUUUUCCAGUUGGCUGAUUAGGUUUUUGCCUACUGCGUAGCAAAUUGUCACAACUUGUAAGGUUGCGGUUAGGCAUUGGUUAAAUUUGGUUGGCGGAGGCAGUAUGGUUGGCUUUGCCUGCCCCUCCAAUGCUGCUGCUGCUGCAAGCGUAUUCCGUUAAAGCAGUGUUUCUCAACCUGUGGGUCCCCAGAUGUUGUUGGACUACAACUCCCAUCAUUCCUAGCCAGCAUGACCAGUGGUCAGGGAUGAUGGGAGUUGUAGUCCAACAACAUCUGGGGACCAACCGCUGCGUUAAAGGAAUCCAGGGUCUCGCCAUGCUCUUGUCCGAACCCCUGUCAAGGGGCUAGGGCCAUGCAAGAGCCCCUGGGAGCAUUAUCUCCCCAAAAAUGUUUACUCUUACUGACUUCCGCAGGCUUGCGGUUGUCAGUUCUGUUCCUACCUCUGUGUGGGAACAGAUAGUCGCAAACCAAUGCCUAAGCAACCACUCACAUUCUGUAAUCAAUAAAGUUGCGGCCCAAAAUUAUGCCAAAAACCCGAAACAAAAAUUCUGUGUGAAUUGCGUUUUAUUUGAGGGUGGCUUGGGGACCUCAACACGCAAGGGCCAGUCCGGUUUCAAAAACCUAUAAGAGUUCUUGGAGAGUGUCCACAAGCCGAUAGCUAGAGGUGAUCCAGUUGUCAGUGGAACUCAGAUGGAAGGUGAGUUCCUUGGAUGUUUUUGAAGCAGAGUUUGGAUGGUCACCUGUCAUGGAUGCUUUAGCUCAGUGUUCCCCAACUCCCGGGCCAUGGCCCGGUGCCGGUCCGUGGAUCAAUCGGCACCGGGCCGCCUGAGGAACUUCAAAUCAUUUCACUGUGGCGGGCGGCCGAGGCGCAGAGCUUUGCGCCCUCUCAAGCCCACCCAUUGUGUGACAAUAGCGAAUGAAAAUUCGCUAUUGUUACACUGAUGCUCCUCCUGGCCAAUCAGGGAGCGGGUCCUCCCGCUUCCUGAUUGGCCGAAAGGCAAACCUCACGCCAUUGGCCGAGGAGGAGGCGCCACGGGAGGACUGAGGACUCGAGGUCGGAGACGCGGGGACUGAAGAGAAGCUGCCGUGAGGUAAGUGCACGGAGGGGGGGGGACUCGCCACGGAAAAAUUAUCAAACAUUUACCGGUCCGCGGCGAUAAAAAGGUUGGGGAGCACUGCUUUAGCUGACAUUCCUGCAUUGCAGGGGGUUGGAUGAGAUCACGCUUGUGAUCUCUUGCAACUCUACAAUUCAAUGAUUUUAGAACACUAUGGACUUAAGGCUUUCAAAAAGCUUUGAACAAGGUACAGUGGUACCUGGGGUUAUAGACGCUUCAGGUUACAGACUCCGCUGACCCAGAAAUAGUACCUCGGGUUAAGAACUUUGCUUCAGGAUGAGAAGAGAAAUCGUGUGGCGGCGGCAGCGGGAGGCCCCAUUCGCUAAAGUGGUGCUUCAGGUUAAGAACGGAGCUCCAGAACGAAUUAAGUUCUUAACCUGAGGUACCACUGUACCUUAGCAGUCAAGGAAUAAGAGGAAAGUUCUUUUUGUGGAUCAGGAAUUGGUUACGUUGCAGGAAGCGAAGACUAAUGGACAGUUAGUUCUCUGAAUGGAAAGUUGUCAAAGUGGAAUCUCCCAAGGAUUGGUUUAUGUCAGGGGUCAGCAAAUGUUUUCAGCAGGGGGCCGGUCCACUGUGCCUCAGAACCUGUGGUGUGCCAGCUAUAUUUUGAAGAAGAAGAAGAAAAAAGAACGAAUUCCUAUACCCUACAAGUAAUCCAGAGAUGCAUUUUAAAUAAAAGCACACAUUCUACUCAUGUAUAAACACGCUGAUUCCCGGACCGUCCACGGGCCGGAUUGAGAAGGUGGUUGGGCCAGAUCCGGCCCCUGGGCCUUAGUUUGCCUACCCUUGGUAUAUAUGUCAGGUGGUGGUGUGGUUGCUCGAGAGCAAACAGGCAAGACUCCAACCUGUCUUUUCCAGUCUUUAUUAUCUGUACAAACUAUUUACAAUGCAGAGCAUCGCAAGUCCAUGUCUGCUCAGUCGCUAGCAGAAUCUGGGAGUGGGCGGUCCUUAUACCUUCCCCAGCAUAACAGUCGUGUGACCCCCAUCCUUCUCCUCCUCUCUCUGCGCGCAAACCUACUGCGCAGCGUGGGUGCUGGCAAAGGGGGAGUUGCCUCCCCUCCCCUUUGCUCAGGCCCCGUGUUGAAGCUCUCCCUAGCAUCUUCUGGUCCCUGCGCCCCUUCCCCGCUGGAGGUGGGGCUUCCCUCCUCGCCAGAGGAAGAGCUGCUUCGCAAGAUCUUCGGAGGCUCCCUGUAACACCACUGCCCUUCCGCCUCUCGCCUUUGAGCUGAUGGCAGUUCCCUGACAAUAUGCUUUUUAACUUGCUCAUGAAUUAUCUAGAGUUAGGAGUGAGCAGUGAGGUGGCCACGUUUGCUGAUGCUGUGAAAUAUUUUGGGGGUGUUAAAACCAAAAGAGUUUGUGAAGAUCUCUAAAGGGACCUCUUCAUACGGAGGGAACGGGCGGCAAAACGACGAAUGCAACUCAGUGUAAACAAGUGUAAAAGCAGGCCUGGUGGUGCCUAAUACCUUUAUUUCACAUGUGCAGUCAUGUAACCUCUCAACUGACAGUGACUGGCCAGGAACGAGACCUUUGGGUUGUAGUGGAUAGCUCCAUGAAUAUGUCAACCCAGCUGUGAAAAUGGUAGUUUAGCAGCGAUGGGCAACCCUUUUUCCAUUGAAAACCUCAGGGUUGAGGGGGGUCACAUUCUGGCACAAACAGAGCCAUUGAUGGGUGGAUCUGGAGAUUAAAGUCCUUCCAGUAGCACCUUUGUUGUCGUUUAGUCGUGUCCAACUCUUUGUGACCCCAUGGACCAGAGCACGCCAGGCACUCCUGUCUUCCACUGCCUCCCGCAGUUUGGUCAAACUCAUGCUAGUAGCUUUGAGAACACUAUCCAACCAUCUCAUCCUCUGUCGUCCCCUUCUCCUUGUGCCCUCCAUCUUUCUCAACAUCAGGGUCUUUCCCAGGGAGUCUUCUCUUCUUAUGAGGUGGCCAAAGUAUUGGAGUCUCAGCUUCAGGAUCUGUCCUUCCAGUGAGCACUCAGGGCUGAUUUCCUUCAGAAUGGAAAGGAUUGAUCUUCUCGCAGUCAGUAGCAUCUUGGGGACCAACUAAGUUUGUUGUUGGUAUGAGCUUUUGUGUGCAAGCACACUUCUUCAGAUACCUCCGAAAGCUCAUACCAGUAACAAACUUAGUUGCUACUGGAAUAAUUUUUUUUUAUUUUGUUUCGACUACGGCAGACCAACACGGCUACCUACCUGUAACUGGAGAUUAAAGUGUUCAGGACUGACUAAUCUGUCAUAAAGUCCACCCCACUUCAGUUUCCCCCAUAGCUCCCAGUUUGAUCUCAGACCCUUAGAGGGAAAGUCUUUGCCACAAGCUAUACAACCACAUUAAAAAAAUAAUCCAUGAAUUUAUUUUUAUUCAGUUGUUUUGAAACUACAUAGAAACGAGGGGUGGGGGGCUAGGUUAAUCUAAAACAGAAGUGGAGGCUCCCAGAUUCCUCCUCACAGCCAUUCUGGGGGUGGGGGGUGGGAGGAAUGUUCAGUUAAAGGGAGAAAGUCUUGUUUUUAUAACCAUUGAACAGGCCUCUGUUUUGAGAUGAUGCAUUUUAAAAAGUAAUUGAAGCUAGAAGACUCUCUUAAGUGAACAAAGCAGCACAUUUUUUUAAAUGUUUAAAAGGCCUGUUCUAUAAGCAAAGUGAAAUACAUUGUGCAAAGAAUGUUUGCUGUAUGAUAUCUGUGACUUUUGGGUUUGUGUUCCAAAAUCAACACUGAAUUCUCUUUUCUGACAGGUAUCGUUUAUUUCUCUUCCUUAUCUCCAUAGUAAUGUGCUUUGUUGUGACCAAGUCCUUGCUGCUGACCUGCUGUUUGCCCUUCUUUCUAAUGGGUAUGAGGUACUACUUCAGUAGAAAAGUUAUCCUCAGCUAUCUGGAGUGCGCACUGAAUACGGACAUGUCUGAUAUUGAGCAAUAUUACAUGAAAUCGCCAGGUGAGUAAUAUGUCCAUGGAAGGAUCAGUAACUGAACAUCUUUCAUUGUCUCGUCAUGACGGAGGGUUCUUUUAAUUGCUAAGAAUACGGCAAUUUCUUCUAAAGAAGAAAAGUGUUUAUAUUUAAACAGGAUUCCAAAAAUCAGUGGAAACGUCUCAUCUGUUUUUUAUUUGUACUUGGGUUCAAAUGGAAGUUUAAAACCUCCUUGGUUUGUAUUGUUGGAAAAUAUACAUAGUUCUGUUUUAUGGAACUUGAGUUUCUCUCUCCUUUCAAGUGAUUUGUAUGUCUUUCAUAACAGUAGCGCACAAAGUCUUAAAGAAACUCUCAGGACACAGAUCUAUGGAAGAGCCACUCUGCGUUAGGCCUGGAAAUUCCAGUAGUUAGUUCUUUUGCACAUUAUCUGUGUUCAGGUCAGCUCCUGCACAUCUAAAAGGCAUGCGAGCCAGACACAGGGAAUAUUUAUCCAUCUGUGGUGCUAUUCUUUGGAAAUUCCUCAACUGUAAUUGGGACAGAUUUGUGCAACGAGUGUUCAGCUCUCAUUCAUUGUGGGGAUAAAGGACUCCUUUGAGAAACUUGCUAGAGUAAGAACAGCUGAGCGCUUGGUUUUAAAAACAUUGCUCCUCUUUUGAGAGUGCCAAAUUAUUUUUAAAACUCUCUGCUAUCUAUUCCUAUAUCUACCGAUAUAUACCCGCUUGUAUUCAGUAAGCAUACUGAGCCUCUCAGGUAAUUCUUGUAACACAUUUAUGUGCAGAUCUAUAUAUUGGAACGGGGUUGCUAUCAGCUCAAAGUCUAGUAAUUUUGCUCAACCAUGUUAUGGGUCAGGAAUAAAAAAACCCUAAAACUUGAAUCUGUUUAAUUAGUGACCAGCUAUCAAAGCAUGUUCAGUUUUUCACUCUGGAAACAGCACAGACACUAUCAUGCGCGGAAUCUGGGGGCAUAUGAGUUUCUUUCGCCACUAGUGAAUGUUUUCAGCAUUUAACUGUCAUGAACACUGAUGACUGUGAAUUGCUCCCACCGAAGAGGAAAGAGAUUUUGCUCUAGGGAAGGACUGCAGUACGAAUGGUCUGGCAGAUGAUUUAUUCCCCUAGACUGCAAGGAAGGAGUGUGAAUUUCUGUGGCGGGCUUUGGGUUUGAUAACCAUGGUUGGUAGGAAGUUAGUGUUACAUCACCAGCAAUGCAGCUUUUGCUUGGUCUACAGGAGUGGGAUGUGGGAGAAUAGUAUUGUUAAGCUGUAUUGUAUUUAAGAUAUUUGAAAAAAAAAUAAUAAACAUUACUGGGGGGGGAGAGGUGUGGGAUGUCAGUGUAAAUUCUAAACUGGAGGCAGUUUUGUCACUUGUAUGUAUUGUAGGUGUGUGUGUGUGUGUGUGUGUAUAAACACACACACACAUAUACAUACAUAUAUAUGUAGGUAUGUAUUUUUUUUUUAAAUAAAUGCUUGCUGUUCCUGGAAGUGUGACUUUAACAUUGCUUAGGAUAUAAGCUCGCUUUAUUUUGGUAGAAAGGAAAGCUUGGGUUUUGUUGGCUGCUGUUUUCACUUUUGGAGGAUAUUUUUAAUUUGCUAUACUUAAUGUGUGAAGAUUCUUAUAACAUUGAUUAGACUAAUUCCCUGGAAAACAAAUUUUAUACUUCUGCUUUAUCAGUACUGUAUUCCGCCCCGCCCACCCCCAACUUGAACUUGAAUAAGGCAAAAUAUCAUCUAGCACAAUGGACCAAAUAUACAGUACUAAUGAUCAGAACCCAAUAACAAUAACCUAAAAACUGCCUCUGCCCAGAAUAUUUGUUCUACAUUACAGUUGCGGGUUGUUAUGGCUCCACAAGGAGCUAAUUACUUAGGGUCAUGAUUUAUUCCAAAAUAUAGGAAUGCAUUUGCAUGAAGUUGCUGUAAUGUUCUUCCUCAACUAUUUUGGAAGGAAUGUGUAAGAUUUCGGGACGGCAUUUUAAUGGCAUUCCAUGCGAAAUCCUGUUUGCCAAAGUGCUAGGGAAGAGUUAGAAACUAUACUGCAUUUGUUACUGUUGUGUAAUUUUUGUAGAGAAAAAACGAAGCGGAUUUCUUUGCCCCUUGAUUGCUUCCAUCCCAGGAUGGUCUUUAGAGUAGCAUACAGCCUUCCGGGUCAUGAAAUUAACUGCUUAACUGAAUGAGUUUUCAAAGUUUGUGUCUCAGGGUUGCAUGAUUCAUAAAGCAACUUUUAGAGAAUCCUUAAGAGUUUUUGAUUUUAAUUUUUACCUGCAUUUUUUGACGAAGAAAAACGUGCUGCUUGCUCUUAUACUUCCUUGCAUUUUUUGGGUUCCUUUACCCCUUAUUGUAUGGAGUCCCGUCGGAGACAAGGCGGUGCAUAAAAAAUAAAUAAUAAAAACAAUUUCUAUUUUUUUACUUGAAGGUAUGUGGAGUAUCAGUAAACUUGAUCUGACAAUUACUCAUUAGCAAAAUAAAGAUACCCAUAUUAAGCCAUAACAUAUUGCAUCUGGUCGUUACACCUUUAAUCUGAGUCAGAAGACCUGGCUUUGACGGCUGGCUCCACCAAACGUGAUCCAAAGCAAAUCUUCAUGAUCUGCCACAUACUUCCAACAUUACAAACCACUUACGCAUACAAAGCAUUCUGUUCAUCCUUGGGGGCUGGACACAAGGACAUGGCGCCCCAGCAGCCUCGCCUGACUCCCUGCAACUUCUUUCCUUUUAACUUUUUACUAUAGAGCAGAUGCGUUGUUGUGAUAGCUUCAGGCAGCCCCACCCCCUCCAGAUGAUUCUGGGGGAAGGAAAGCUGGCAAGGGUGACGGUUGUGCCUCGUGCCAACUGUACCUCUGCAGUGAAAAGCUGAAAGAAAGCAGAAUGUCACCCUCUGCCUUGAAGCGGCAAGGCCUCCACUCUUCCCGAAGUGGAAACAGAGGAGGAUUGGGGAAUGUUUUUCAGCUCGGGGUCUGAUUUCCGCAGGGCAAGGCAGGCCAGGCAAUGUGUUGCAGCACCAUGGAGAGCUCCUACGUGAGGCACUUGCCCCAGCAGAGGCUAGAGGUGGACUGAGGCCUUUGGAGCCUCUGCCUCCAGUCCACCUAUCCGUGGCUCUGUCUGCUGGGAUGCGGGUGGCGCGGCCCUCUUGGGCUUGCCGAUCAGAAGGUCGGUGGUUCGAAUCCCCGCGACGGGGUGAGCUCCCAUUGCUCUGUCCCAGCUUCUGCCAACCUAGCACUUCGAAAGCACACCAGUGCAAGUAGAUAAAUAGGCAGGAAGGUAAACGGCGUUUCUGAGCGCUCUGGUUUCCGUCACGGUGUUCUGUUGCGCCAGAAGCGGGAAGAAGCCGCAUGACCCAGAAAGCUGUCUGUGGACAAAUGCCGGCUCCCUCGGCCUGAAAGCGAGAUGAGCGCCGCAACCCCAUAGUUGCCUUUUUGACUGGACUUAACAGUCCAGGGGCUCUGUCUACACAGCCUUGAAGGCCAGCCCUCUGGCCUGCAGACAGGCUACUCUUCUGCAAUCCCUGGCCUCCCACAAUGGCGCUGUUGAACCGGCAAGGUAUGUUAGGAGGCACUUGGCUCCUCAGGCUCGGGGAACGGUGGCCAUGAAAGUUUCCAGCCCUGGCUCUGUGGACCUGAGUUGUGGUCCAGGGGACUCCUACUCACCAACCUCAGAUCUAGUGGCCUCUUGUCAUCAGGCUCAGCGUCAGGUACCUUCUGCAACCUCUGAUUCUGCGUCUUGAUCAUGGCUGGACCCCGGGGUCAUGAUUAUUGCUUUCCUUUCUGGCAGCCUUCCAGUGGUGGGCAGGACUUAGAGCAGUGAGUGUAACAUAUCUUCUUCUUUUUGCUCGCACCACAGCGAAUUUUUUAUUGAUGAGAAAUACACUGGAAAACAAAAAGAAACAACUAACGGUGCUUGAUUUACAACACAGAACGCAACUACUUUAUAGCAUGACUAUGGAACAUCCACAAAGUACAAAACAAUUCAGCUGCCUAAGAACACAAACCAUUUCCAAUAUAUAAUUAUAAACAACUCUGUUACAUAUGUACUUUAAGUAUGUGUACAAACUUAAUGAGAGGUGAGAGUUUGAUUUUGGUGGCUAAUCUCAUUUAUAUUAGGUCUAAUUUGGUGUUUGUUUGUUUUUUAUAUAAAUUUAUUUGGUUUUCAGAUUAAAGUUUCACAACCACAUAUCCAACAAACAACAUAAAGACAAGACUCUAAAAAUCUCCUCCCCUUUGUGGGUCUUAUUGUUAAUCAUUUCCUCCUGCGCUUUUUAUGAUAAUCCGAAUCUUUUACAUCUCCGUUAUCUCAUUAUACUGUAGGCUACAUUCUGACAUGCAAAAGUCAUAAUUUCACACAUGCGCACACUCCCUCCAGGGAAGCAAAAAUCAUUACCGCAAUUCAAGAAGACUUUCCAGCCAAACAAAGCGUUGAAGGAAGGAGUUGGGCUGGUAAUGGGUGUGUGAACUGGGGGAAGUCCCAGUGGCUUUAUCAUGGAGAACAGAAGGCCAAAUUUGGCACCUAGACCUAAGGAUCCUCACCCCCCUAUCCAAAAAAAGAAGAAAAAGGUAAAGGACCCCUGACAGUUAAGUCCAGUCACAGAUGACUCUGGGGUUGUGUGCUCAUCUUGCUUUACUGGGCAAGGGAGCCCGGUGUUUGUUCACAGGCAGUUUUUUUCCGGGUCAUGUGGCCAGCAUGACUAAGCCGCUUCUGGCGAAACCGGAGCAGCACACAGAAAUGCCGUUUACCUUCCCGCUGGAGCAGUACCUAUUUAUCUACUUGCACUUUGACGUACUUUCAAACUGCUAGGUUGGCAGGAGCUGGAAUCGAGCAACAGGAGCUCACCGUGUUGCGGGGAUUCGAACCGCCGACCUUCUGAUCAGCAAGCCCAAGUGGCUUAGUGGUUUUAAAAACCCCUAUCCUAAGGCCACCACAAUAAACCUUGGCUGCCCUGACGGAUAACCUUUGAGAGAGCGGAGCUAUGUGUUCCUCUUGAUUCUCCUUGAUUUCUUAACCGCUCUUGAUCCCAUCAAUGGCAGUAUCUUGCUGAAGAUACAGUUGUAGAACAGUUACGCUCCAACCUGCAGGUCCAGUUCUCGAAAGGAGAAUUUUGGGACCUGCUCAGCCCUAUAAUGUUGUUGUUCUGGGAUCUUGCAGUGUUCCAUUUCCUCCUCCUCUAAUAAGAAUUCGCAGCUACUACUGGGGGCCAUUACAGGAUCUGGAGCAAGAUGUCAGUGAUACACUUCUUGACCUUGAGCUCUUCUCACCAUCUGAGUCAGCUGAGGCUGUGCAAGUGCUGGAUCAGUGCCUCCUGUCAUCCCUGACCGUUGGUCAUGCUGGCAGGGCUGACCAGGGUUUCAGUAAACCACAGAGCUUAGGACUUGCUGAUCAGAAGGUCGGCGGUUCGAAUCCCCGCAACGGGGUGAGCUCCCGUUGCUCUGUCCCAGCUCCUGCCAACCUAGCAGUUCGAAAGCACGUCAAAGUGCAAGUAGAUAAAUAGGUACCGCUCCAGCGGGAAGGUAAACGGUGUUUCCGUGCGCUGCACUGGUUCGCCAGAAGCGGCUUAGUCAUGCUGGCCACAUGACCCGGAAGCUGUACGCCGGCUCCCUCGGCCAAUAAAGCGAGAUGCGCGCCGCAACCCCAGAGUCGUCCGCGACUGGACCUAAUGGUCAGGGGUCCCUUUACCUUUACCUUAACAGAAACAUACUUUUUUUGUUUUCUAUUUUGUGCCUCCAUGGAAGGAAUGUUGAAUAUCAAGUCUUUUGUGCUUGCAGUCUUUCACAUGUUCCCCUUUCAGUCUGAAAGCAAAAUAUAUUGUAGAAAUGCACAUGUCAAUAGAGGACCAGUGUUCUUGUGUUCAGUGCAAAGUUGUUAAAGCAGUUGAAUUGCGGUUCUCCUAAAAGAAACAAAAAACGUUACUUCUAUUAAAGGGAGUAAGGCUGUUUUGGAUUAUGUCGAUUUGAGGGGGGGUUUUGCAGGCAAUAGUCAGGAUCAUGGUACUGGGAAGUGAACUUGCAGCAUAUUAAAAUGUGUUUUAUAAUUGAUUUGACAGUGAUUUCUUUUGACAAGUGCGUGAGCCCGUUUCCUGAACACAGCAAAUUCCAGAAAAGGUUGUGGUUUUGAAAACAGUACUGUAUUCCUGACUAUAUAUAUAUGUGGCAUAUAGUGAGAUAAUAUGUGGAUUUUCUUUAAAGAUAGCCACCUCUAAAAUGGCUUGUUCUUUUUAAAAACUAUUUGCAUAUUUGCUCUGUGUGAGCGCUUUCUCAAAUUUCGCAUAUAUGUAUAGUUAUCGGAAACUGCCAUCUGCAACUUCUUUCAAGGUAUAAUUCUGCUGAGCUAUUUCCUUAAUGCAUCUGGAAUUUGAUUCUCUCUCUCCUCCCCCCGGUUCCAAGCCAUGUUGCAACAAAACUGAGUUGAUCGUUUGCACUGUAUAUAAUGCAAGCAAUCCAGUUUGCUUCAGACUUGAACUUACUGUUACUGUGGUUUUAUAGGCGAGUCAUUAGGGGACUUGGGCUGUAUCUGAGAGUGAGGCCAAUAAGAUUACACUGCAAGAUCAGGUCUUUCAGAAUUCUAACAGUCUGCAGUUUUAUACUGAUAAUGUAAAAGGAGAAGAAGGAGUAGUAACUCGUGACCAGAAACUAUCCUGUCUUGCUUUCUCAUACUUUCUUCCCAUCUCAGUGCAAAAGCCACUGAGGUUUGCUUAAUUCACUCUUUUCAUGUCUCAGCUGAUUGCUAAGUAUUUGUAUUUAUUAUACAGUGGUACCUUGGUUCUCAAACUUAAUCCUUUCUGGAAGUCCGUUCCAAAACCGAGGCGUGCUUUCCCAUAGAAAGUAAUUCAAAAUGGAUUAAUUCGUUCCAGACAAAAUAAAUAGCAAAAACAGACGGACCUCAUCGUAACACUCAAAACGGAAGUGUGGCACUCAAAUCGGAAGCGUAACACUCAAAAUGGAGUACGUUCGGCUUCCAAAAAAAGUUCACAAACUGGAACACUUACUUCCGGGUUUGCAGUGUUUGGGUUCCAAGUUGUUUGAGUACCAAGGCGUUUGAGAACCAAAGUCCCACUGUAAAUCUUUUUUUAAAAAACAACAACCCAUUUUUAAAUCUUUUGCUUUAGAACUGUACAUAUUUGUGAAGCAUGUUUUAAAUCACAGUUGCCAACUUUUCACCCAAAGUCAGUUGCCAUAUUUACAUCUGUCGUGCUCCUGUGCUGCUUCCAGGUUUCCUAUAGGCACCUGGCUAGGCAGUGUGAGAACAGGAUGAGGGACUUUGAUGGAGCUUUGGUCUUGAUCCAGGAGGAUCUUCUUAAAUUCUUAUUGCUGCUCUUCCAUCUUCAUCAGCCACAGUUGUCUUCUGUGCCCUUAAACGAGUGACCAUCUCUGCUCUUUAUGCCUGGAACCAGGGUGGAUAAAAAUCAAUGAUCUUUUUUAAAAGAUAAAAAAAUUGGAUUUUUAAAAAAUAUAUCUAAAUUGGAUUUUUAAAAAUAUAUUUAAAUUGGAUUUUUAAAAUAAAAUGCUUUUAGAGGAAAAAUCUCUCUAAAGAUAGUUUUCUGCUUAAGUUUCAUUAUAGUCCAAAGGCUAUUCAUCAGGAAAUAAAGAUUUAUUUUAAGUUUUUCAUGUGUGCCAAAACUCAGUCUAAGCUGAGUGGUGACACCCCUUUCCUCCGCCCCUGCCCAAACCAGUGAUCGGAUUUCCUCACUGAGAAUCCCAGAGGAGCCUGUGCACCAUGCCCAGACUUUGGUUGGAUCCAACAUCUGCUACAAAGGGAUCCCCACAAGCUCUCCUACAACUAAUCCAGAAUGCGGCAGCUAGACUGGUGACUGGGAGCGGCCGCCGAGACCACAUAACACCGGUCUUAAAAGACCUACAUUGGCUCCCAGUACGUUUCCGAGCACAAUUCAAAGUGUUGGUGUUGACCUUUAAAGCCCUAAACGGCCUCGGCCCAGUAUACCUGGAGGAGCGUCUCCACCCCCACUUUUCUGCCCGGAGGUCCAGCGCCGAGGGCCUUCUGGCGGUUCCCUCAUUGCGAGAAGUGAGGUUACAGGGAACCAGGCAGAGGGCCUUCUCGGUAGUGGCACCUGCCCUGUGGAACGCCCUCCCAUCAGACGUCAAAGAGAAAAACAACUACCAGACUUUUAGAAGACAUCUGAAGGCAGCCCUGUUUAGGGAAGCUUUUAAUGUUUAAUAGGUUAUUGCAUUUUAAUAUUCUGUUGGAAGCUGCCCAGAGUGGCUGGGGAAACCCAGCCAGAUGGGCGGGGUAUAAAUAAUAAAUUAUUAUUAUUAUUAUUAUUACUCCUUCAAGAAAAUACUGCUCCUUUCCACGUGGUUUCUUGGGUCCGGUUUAUUUUUUAUUUCCGCUAACCUGUGAACACAACUCAGCGCUUUCAGGACCUUGCCCAACUCUCACUGUUCCGAGACGUGAAUAUUUUUUGUUCCGCAUACAGUGGUACCUCGGGUUACAUACGCUUCAGGUUACAUAUGCUUCAGGUUACAGGCUCUGCUAACCCGGAAAUAUUACCUCGGGUUAAGAACUUUGCUUCAGGAUGAGAACAGAAAUUGUGCUCUGGCGGUGCAGCAGCAGUGGGAGGCCCCAUUAGCUAAAGUGGUGCUUCAGGUUAAGAACAGUUUCAGUUUAAGUACGGACCUCUGGAAUGAAUUAAGUACUUAACCUGAGGUACCGCUGUACUAUACAACUGGCAGAAACACGAAGCAUUUCACCCCCCGUCUCUUCAGCCUGAAAAUGUCUCUGGUGCCGCUCACAAAGAUCAGUAACAAAGCCAGACAGUCAAACUGUGGGUAUCCCUCCGAGUGAGAAAUUUAAAAUCGUAUCCAAACACUUACAUCAGGGAAGUGGGAGAGGAGAGUUAGGCUGCUAUAGUUAGGCUGGUUGGAGGAGGUGAGAACGUGUGGGAGCAGAGGGGAGGGUUGGUGUCUGGAUAGAAGCGGAGAAAAUGAGAGAAGGAGGAGGGUGGAAAGGGGGGAACGAAGAAAAGACGAGAUGGAGAGAACAAGGAAGUGGAUGGAGCUAAAGGGAGGGAAUAGGAAAGGCCUCUGGAGAAUAGAGGGGCAGUCAGGAGGAGAUAUUUCCUCUCCAACCCUGCUACAGGACCUGUGCAGGUAAACAGUAAUAGUGAUCAUUAUAAUCACCAUCAUCCUUAAUAGAGCUUUGAUAAAUGCAUCAAUGGGUAAGGGUAAAGGGACCCCGACCAUUAGGUCCAGUCGUGGCUGACUCUGGGGUUGUGGUGCUCAUCUCGCCUUAUUGGCCGAGGGAGCCGGCUUACAGCUUCCGGGUCAUGUGGCCAGCAUGACUAAGCCACUUCUGGCGAACCAGAGCAGCGCACGGAAACACCAUUUAUCUUCCCGCCAGAGUGGUACCUAUUUAUCUACUUGCACUUGUGCUUUGGAACUGCUAGGUUGGCAGGAGCAGGGACCGAACAACGGGAGCUCACCCCGUCGCAGGGAUUCAAACCGCCGACCUUCUGAUCGGCAAGCGCUAGGCUCUGUGGUUUAACCCACAGCGCCACCCGCGUCCCAUCAAUGUGUACAUAUGGAUAAGCAGUGCCCACCCUUGCGGGGGGGGGGGGGGAGUUCGGUCAGACAUUUUCUUGCCCAUUACAGUGUAACUCACAAAGACAAGCAAGGCACAGCCGUGUAAUUUUGAAACUCCCCAACUUAUCUAUUCCCUACCUGAGUUGUGUGAAGAAUAUGUAAAAAGAGGGCAUGGCACACAUUGUCUUGGACCCGGCCCUGUUUACCUACGCAGGCAAUCUUUUGUUGUUGUCACGUUAAAUAACUGCAUGCUCACAGUUUGCCAUCUAAGCAGAGUAAAACCAGGUCUAAACAGAACAGGGGGUGUUAUUUCCCAUUCAUAAGCAGCCCUUUCACGUUCAGAUUUAAUAUACCAGACUUAGAAUUCUUCAGAAUCCUAAAUCCAUUUUGGCAUGUUUUGUAAAAAAUUAUGUAAUGGAGGAAAUUUAGUAACUCUUCUUUGAAAGUUACAACGCUGUGCCCAAGCUGCUUUAUUCUGCAGGCCUGAAAACUAGAGUUUUGCUAAAUGUAGGUCUCACAUUAGGCAGUUUUUGUUUUGCUGUUCAGUAUAGAAUCAUGGAUUUAUGAAUGCGUGCAUUUAGAGAACGGCAGCCUACUUCCGCUUAAUUGUGAAUUGGGUGCAUUAUUUGGGACUCAGCAGUGCAUGUAAGAACUUAAAGGUAAAGGUAAAGGUAAAGGGACCCCUGACCAUUAGGUCCAGUCAUGGCCGACUCUGGGGUUGCGGCGCUCAUCUCGCUUUAUUGGCUGAGGGAGCUGGCGUACAGCUUCCGGGUCAUGUGGCCAGCAUGACUAAGCCACUUCUGGAGAACCAGAGCAGCGCACGGAAACACCGUUUACCUUCCUGCCGGAGCGGUACCUAUUUAUCUACUUGCACUGGCCUGCUUUCGAACUGCUAGGUUGGCAGGAACUGGGACCGAGCAACGGGAGCUUAUCCCGUUGUGGGGAUUCGAACUGCCGACCUUCUGAUCGGGAAGUCCUAGGCUCUGUGGUUUAACCCACAGUGCCACCCGCGUCCCUUAUGUAAGAACUUACUUUGGAUUAUAUCCAGCUUGUGUCUUCUAGAGCUACCCCCAGAUUGUUGCACCCAGCAAGUUGUGGUUUUAGCAACAAAACCUAUUGCUUCUUCUAAAAAAAUGGUGCACCUUGGUAUAAUAGGGUCGUGUCACCUGCAUGAAGGGGAAAGCUCCUGAACAAUAACAUUUAUGUUAGAGAAUGGUUUGAUUCGCAUUACAUUUUAAGCCAAACUGUGAUUACCAGGACCAAUGAAAAGCUUCCUGGAGCUAGACCUAGCUGUCUUCAACCCCUUGUCCUAAUUUACCUAAAAAGAAGUCAUGUACUGUAUAUAUUUUGGGGGGAACAUCAAGAAGUCUUCUUGGGCAAUAGUCUUGGAGGAACAUCUCAAUUGCCUUUAUUAAAGAUGGGAACUAAAAUACAAAAUGUCCAGCCAGCUGGCAAUAUUCAAGUUGAAUUUACUGUAAUAAACGGAAGUGGCUCAUUGGAGCCCACCAGGCUGGGACAGUAUGGAAUAAAAAAACAAGCAACCACCAGGCAAUGGCUUGUCUCUCCCUGGUGCUUUGCCCAAGGGCAAAUCUCUUUAAAAGGCAUUUUCCUUCUGUUUUGUUAACAGUGGUCAAAUACCUGCACCAUCUCAAAACCUGCUCGUGGUGUAGUGGUUAAGAGCGGUAGACUUGUAAUCUGGUGAACUGGGUUCGAUUCCCCGCUCCUCCACAUGUAGCUGCUGGGUGACCUUGGGUUAGUCCCACUUCUCUGAAGUCUCUCAUCCCACUCACCUCACAGAGUGUUUGUUGUGGGGGAGGAAGGGAAAGGAGAAUGUUAGCCGCUUUGAGACUCCUUAGGGUAGUGAUAAAGCGGGAUAUCAAAUCCAAACUCUUCUUCUUUUCAUUACGCAAUGGAUCUGAAAGAUCAGGCUUGUCAAUUGUACAUGGCUAAAAGGUUCUUUGCUUCCACAGCUACCGUAUUUUUCGCUCCAUAAGACGCAUUUCCCCCCCCCUAAAAAGUAAGGGGAAAUGUCUGUCUUAUGGAGCGAAUGCGUGGUUCCUGGAGGCGAAUUGCCCAGGGGCGAAAAACAGAUCAUGCCUUUUUUUUUUUUUUUUAGAAAGAGGGUAGGGGGUGUUGAAACAAAGCCACUGAGCAGUUGAUCGGCAAGCGAUUGGGAGGGAUAGGGGACUCUAGAUAAUAAAGGAGGCUGCUUGGGAGGGGGGAGGUAAAAGCACAUGGAUCCUCAGGAUUUUUGCACUGGGUCACCCCAAAUUCACCAUCAGAUCACAUAGCAUGUCCAUGGCUAUAGCCUGCAUCAAAAAAUCACGCACCCACUGUUUUGUGGGGCCGCAAUGGCACGGAUCCACAUGGAUUCUCAGGAUUUUUGCAUUGGGCUACCCCAAACUCAACGUCAAAUCACAUAUCAUGUCUGUGGCCACUGCAUGAACCACAAAAAUAAUACAUCCACUGUUUCGUUCAGAAUAUUUUUUUCCUUGUUUUCCUCCUAUAAAAACUACGUGCGUCUUAUGGAGCGAAAAAUACGGUGUCUCUCAACGUUAAGGGGUCUUCAGGGACUGUACAGCCCUGGGGGUGGGCUCACACUUGGGGGGAGGGGGCGGCAGCUUCACACAACAUUGAUUCGAUGCAACUGUCUCAUCUGAACUGUGCAAAUGUUUUCAACCCAGACUGUUGCGUAGUUGCGACCUGACUGAUGGCGGAAACAUUCAUCAAAGGCAGAGGCACAGACUUGCCAUAUCAGCUCUACUCAUUGUGUGGCAGAUGGGCGCACCCCGUAGACAUCCUUCUUUUCCAGCUUGACAUAAAUUUAACAUGGCUGGUACGUCCCAUUUCUCACUGGGAGCUGUAAAAAUACACCCCCAAGCAGCAGUCUUGUUGACUGCCUUUGAAAAAACGAAAAGGUCAAAGCAGUUUGAAAAAGCGCCGCAGGAGCGUCUAAGCAUUGGGAGAGGAACUUUGGGCUUGCGACAAAUUACUUGUUUGCUAUGUUGCAUCAUUCUAUCUCUUAACUCCUGGUUAAGGAGCCGUAGGAAUUACCUGUGCAAGCAGGAAAGAAACAGCGUCUAUCUUUUGAGGCAGAUGAUUUUAGUGUCCAUUGCUGAUGCGUUGUGCAAAACAGCGAAGGGCUAUAAGCUCACUGGCUGAGCGCAUGCAUGAAUGCAGGAAACCUCUCCGGAACUUCACCUGAGUGAACUAACAAAGAAUUCCCUUGGAAUUCUGAGAAAAGUGUUGUGCAGUGCUUUUCUAUUUUCGUCAUUAUUUGUAUACUGUCCUAUACUCCGCCCGCCGCCCCAAGCCUCGCUGAUGUGGUCCAAAGGAAAGCAGAACAAUACUUUUGGCACCAGCUUGCUGGACGAGACAUCGGAAGGCAGCCCUGUUUAGGGAAGUUUUUAAUGUUUGAUGUUUUAUUGUGCUUUUAAUAUUCUCUUGGAACCACCCAGAGUGGCUGGGGGAACCUAGCCAGAUGGGUGGGAAAGAAAGAAAGAAAGAAAGAAAGAAAGAAAGAAAGAAAGAAAGAUUAUUAUUGGGAUUUUUGUAUGGUUUACUCCUUAUUAUUCCUUCACAUAGAUUAAGCAUAGCCAAACUUGGCACUCCAGCUGUUUUGCGACUACGAUUCCCAUCAACACUAGCUAACGGGACCAGUGGUCAGGGAUGAUGGGAAUUGUAGUCCCAAAGCAACUGGAGGGCCAAGUUUGCCUGAUGUUAUAGAUGGACUACGUACCUUCUCAGGUCGAUGAGCCCCACCUGCUCCUAAUUUCCCCCUACAGCCAGUGCAGAAAUCUCCUCCUUGAUCAUUGGACCCAUUUUUGGUCUCCUCUGCUUAAUCCGCCAGAUCCUUUCUUCACAUGCAGCAGAAGUCCCUCGCUCACCCAGCGUCUCAGACCCAUUGGCUACCCUUAUCUGGUUUAGCCAGCCAGGCUGACAGCUUCUAGGAGCCACCAGAGGUAUUACCUCUCCCCUAGUGUCCCCUAAUGCGGGUGGCGCUGUGGGUUAAACCACAAAGCCUAGGACUUGCCGACCAGAAGGUCGGCGGUUCGAAUCCCCGCGACGGGGUGAGCUCCCGUUGCUCGGUCCCAGCUCCUGCCAACCUAGCAGUUCCAAAGCACGUCAAAGUGCAAGUAGAUAAAUAGGUACCACUCCGGCGGGAAGGGAAACGGUGUUUCCGUGUGCUGCUCUGGUUCGCCAGAAGCGGCUUAGUCCUGCUGGCCACAUGACCCGGAAGCUGUCCGCCGGCUCCCUUGGCCAAUAAAGUGAGAUGAGCGCCCCAACCCCAGAGUCGGUCAUGACUGGACCUAAUGGUCAGGGGUCCCAUUAAUGUCUUAUUCACCACCACGGUUUCAUAUAGAUGUUAAAAUAGCAUAGGAGACAGAAUGGACCCCAAAGCUAUGGAGCCAAGCACCAGUCUCCUAAAAUUACUGUCUGGUGAUGACCCUGCAGGUAGGAGCAGAGCCUCCAACUCCCUGAAUCACUCCAGAAGAAAACUAUGGUAAAGAAUUUCAAACGCCACUAUUUCGGGCCCCUGUUAUGUAUGCUUUUCAAAAUGCAAACAUAGCGGCUGCCUGCCACAGUGAGAAGGCAUCACUCGGAACAACCUGCGCAGGGACUUGGGUGGGUGAAAUUAAAAAUGGGAACGGAAGGCUGCCAAGUUUUGAAUUCCCCAGCAGGACUGUCAUCGUAGUAGUUCCGAAUGACUCAAGCGAGUGAACCAAGCCGCGUGUGUGUAGCCAACAACAACAAUAGCAGAAGGGGGAGAGAAAGGAAGGCUGAGUCAACAGACAAUCUGAUUUGGGGGGGAAAUUUCUUCUCGCUCAUAUUUUGUUGGAAAGACCUAGAAAAUGAGCAAACUUAAGCCCACGGCUUUUGGUGUUGGUGGCAAGGAGUCUGAGGUAGAAUUCGUUUACGACGCUCCGUAUGGGGAAUGAUCCUUUUUCAUGUGCAUAAAUUGAAAUAGAUUUCUCUGGCGAUAACUGGGAGGUGACAACUCUGUGUGCUGAUGAUUUCCAGCCCAGCUUCUCAGUUGAGGCAGUAAAAUCUAGGGGGAGACAGUGUGGUGUAGUGGUUAGAGCACUGCACUAGGACCUGGGAAUGAGACCAGGCUUCUAAUCGCCCACUGAGCCAUGAAGCCCCUUGGGUGACCUUCGGCUAGGCACUCACUCUCAGCCUUAACUUGCGGGAUUGUUGAGAAUAAAAUAGGGAGAAGUACGUAUAGCUCUUUGGAGGAAAGGUGGGAUAUAAAUUCAAUUAAAAAAUAAACGUGCUGGAUCAGUACUUGGGAUCAGCUGACUGCUACUGCAGUGUAAUGUUCAACCUGUUCUAAAUGGGGUUGCCCUCUGUCAUAGCCCCAUUCGGGACCGCCUCUCCUGGUAUACCCUGCGGAGGACCUUAAGGUCCACAGAUGACAACAUUUUGGAGGUCCCAGGUCGCAAGGUGGUUAGAUUGGUCUCAACGAGGGCCAGGGCCUUUUCAGUACUGGCCCCGGCUUGGUGGAACGCUCUGUCACAAGAGACUAGGGCCCUGCGGGACUUGACAUCUUUCUGCAGGGCCUGCAAGACAGAGCUGUUCCACCUGGCCUUUGGUUUGGACUCAGUCUGACCCUUAUGUUUCCCUCCCCUUAUGGUUUUGAUCCAUGGGCUACUAUUAAAAUGAGGCUGCAUUUUAAAUUAUAUUUUAACCUGUAUUUUAAAUUGGUUCCCCCCUAUUACGUUUUUAUUGUAAUUUUACUGGUGUUAGCCACCCUGAGCCCAGGGAGGUAAAAGGGACCCCAGACCAUUGGGUCCAGUCGUGACCGACUCUGGGGUUGCGGCGCUCAUCUUGCUUUAUUGGCCGAGGGAGCCGGCGUACAGCUUCCGGGUCAUGCGGCCAGCAUGACUAAGCUGCUUUUGGCGAACCAGAGCAGCGCACGGAAACGCUGUUUACCUUCCCGCCAUGUGGGUUAAACCACAGAGCCUAGGACUUGCCGAUCAGAAGGUUGGUGGUUCGAAUCCCUGUGACGGGGUGAGCUCCCGUUGCUCGGUUCCUGCUCCUGCCAACCUAGCACUUUGAAAGCACGUCAAAGUGCAAGUAGAUAAAUAGGUACCGCUCUGGCAAGAUGAGUGCCGCAACCCCAGAGUCGGUCACGACUGAACCAGAGCAGCGCACAGAAACGCCAUUUACCUUCCCACUGGAGCGGUACCUAUUUAUCUACUUGCACUUUGACGUGCUUUCGAAGUGCUAGGUUGGCAGGAGCAGGAACCGAGCAACGGGAGCUCACCCCAUCGUGGAGAUUCGAACCGCCGACCUUCUGCUCAGCAAGUCCUAGGCUCUGUGGUUUAACCCACAGCGCCACCCGCGUCCCUGAGCCCAGGAAGGGUGGAGUAUAAAUAAAAAAUUAUUAUUAUUAUUAUUAUUCGAGUCCCGUUGCUGAGCGAGCAGGUGUUGGGAGUCUCUAAGGUACAUUCACCUGAAAGCAGACUCCGCAUUCAAAGUCAGACAGUCCAGAGGUCAGGGAACCCAGAUGAUCUCAGAGCCCAAGGAUCCAGGAUGGAGAGCAAGAAGCAGUCAGCUAGAGCCAUGGACCACAAGUGUUGUUUCCAGCAUCUGACUGCUGCUGAGGGCUCUCUUUGAGAAGGCCGGAGCCAACUCGUUCCCAUCAGUGCCUUCUCUGUGUCCUUGAAGGCUGAUUAGCGGCAGGUGGAGUCCCUUGGCCUCCUUCCCCCUUCAGGCAGCUGUUCAGCAGGUGAAGCUGACUCCUGGCUCACAACACCUGCUGGUGGAUAACCUCUAGACGGGACAAUUGCAAUGUGUUGUACAUGGGACCACCUUUUAACACCUUGGGUACUUUGGUUACUAUGAAAAACAGCUGUUAGGUUACUCAACAAGGCCGGAUUCAGAAGCAUAGCUGUCAACCGUCCCUUAUUUGGCGGGAAAGUCCCUUAUCCCAGCGCCGUGUCCCGCUGCUGUCCCUUAUUGAUGAUGUCCCUUAAAUUUCCCGGGUUUCAAAGGAAGCAGCUCCUUUCCCUUUCUGCCUGCCGGCCAGGGAGGAGGGAGGCUCCAACUGUGUUGCUUGGCUGCGUUGCUCACCCAAUAAGGAGUCUACGAACGACUAGGGGGUGGAGCUUGCAUGCCUUGUGCCGAUCAAAUCGGCCGCGUUGCGUGGGGACUCGCCUUUGCUCAGCGCUUCCCAGCGGAGAGGUGACGUUGGUUUUCCUUGCUGCAUCCCCUUUGCUGGGUUGCUGCGCUGUGGGAACCACCGCUUGAGGCUUCGUUUGGCUGCUGGCUGGGCUUUCUGUCUUUGGCUCGGAGGGGCUCAGAAGUCGAACAUACCUGUGUUUGAAAAAUCCCUUAUUUUGGCUGCUGGUCCCUUAUUUUCGAGGCUGCUGGUCCCUUAUUUUCAAAUCUGUAAGUUGACAGCUAUGUUCAGAAGGCAUUUGGCUCCUCCUGAUGUUGAACUCUGUCCCGGAAUGCAGACCAUAUUGUGGUAAAAACAGCGCCAUCACGUGACGAAAAGGAGGGCCCUGCCUAACUCCUCUACCUCAAGCAAACACAGAGGAGGUUCUCCAAAGUGGAACGGUGUUUGGGGUCAGGUUCAUAUGGGGCAAUUGGACUAGUGCGUCUCUUUGACCCUAAAGCAUAAUGUAUACCGUAUUUUUUGCACCAUAACACUCACUUUUUUCCUCCUAGAAAGUAAGGGGAAAUGUCUGUGCGUGUUAUGGAGCGAAUGCCUACGGAUGGCGGGGGGAUUUGCUGCAGUCGUGAGCAGAGGAUCCAUGGUUCCCCUUCCUUCCCUCCUCCAUGGCUCGCUUUGCUCGCUUUGAAACAGCAAAGCGGGAGAAGAGCCGCUGAGUGGGGAGAAGAGAGGGACAGAGAGCCUGGUUACAAAGCACGGAUCCACAUGGAUCCUCAGGAUUUUUGCAUUGGGCUACCCCAAACUCACCGUCAGAUCACAUGUCUGUGGCCACAGCAUGAACCACAAAAAUCAUACAUCCACUGUUUCGUUUAGAAUAUUUUUUUUCUUGUUUUCCUCCUCUAAAAACUAUGUGCGUGUUAUGGUCUGGUGCGUGUUAUAGAGCGAAAAAUACGGUAAUUUACAAGGACUUUUAUCUGCAUCUUCCUCAGACGUAGGAGAGGCAAGAACGGAUGGUUUGUAGACAAAUAUAUUAUGUGCCUGGGGGACGCAUCUGGAAAUCUUAGAAAUUGUCACGGGUACUGCAGAGAAGAAAAGCUGGCAAUGCUAACUAUAUAUGCCACUUCAGACGAUGGAGACCCAAGGUUUAGCAAAUGUUUGAAACUCAUAGCUGCCAGGACUAUUACACCUGGACUGCAAUUUGCAUUGCAAAAUUGAGUGAAAGGUGUAAGGUCCAUUAGGUCCAGUCGUGGCCGACUUUGGGGUUGCGGCGCUCAUCUCACUUUAUUGGCCGAGGGAGCCGGCGUACAGCUUCCGGGUCAUGUGGCCAGCAUGACGAAGCCAUUUCUGGCGAACCAGAGCAGCACACGGAAAUGCCAUUUACCUCCCCGCCGGAGUGGUACCUAUUUAUCUACUUGCACUUUGACGUGCUUUCGAACUGCUAGGUUGGCAGGAGCAGGGACCAAGCAACGGGAGCUCACCCCAUCACGGGGAUUCGAACCGCCAACCUUCUGAUCGGCAAGUCCUAGGCUCUGUGGUUUAACCCACAGUGCCACCCGUUAUACAGGAGUUGUCAGCUUUGUCUUAGAUAAUGUUUGGCUGCUGGUCCUAUUCUCUUCUCUUAGUUUUAGUCUCUCUCUCUCUCUCUCUCUCUCUCUCUCUCUCUCUCUCUCUCUCUCUUUUCAAUGUACCUACACUAAGAGACCACCAGGCACAAGCAAUCUGGCCUUAAGAUUUGCCGAUGGUGCUACACUGAGGCCUAUUGAAGAACAACCCCCCCCCGAGUGCUGGUGAAAGAUGCGACUUUGUGUGCCUGUGUACAGUGAAUCAGAAUUAAAAUUGCCACCAGUGACUCACUCGAGAAUUGGGGCCAGCUAUACACAAGUGGAUUGCAGGCAGCUUUGUAUCUUGUUUUCUUCAGUAAUUAUAGGGGUGGGAGAGAUUGAGGCUCACUCUGAAGGCAGUGCCUAAGAUGGGGAGGCCCUCUCCUCACCCUCCCACUGAGAUCAGAAAGGAAACCACAUACACACCAAACAUGACUAGGAGUUUAAGCGGAAAAAGCUCCCUUUAUUUUCAGGGAAAGCAUGGCUUGAUAAGGACAUUUGGGUCAGUUUCAGGCUAUACCAUCAAAUCAUUUGGGACAUCUGAGAUGCAUGGAAGCAUCUUGGUGAGAGUUUGAUGUUUAUUCCAAUCUGACGAUGUGGGAAAUGGGAUUACAGUGGUACCUCGGGUUACAUACGCUUCAGGUUACAUACGCUUCAGGUUACAGACUCCGCUAACCCAGAAAUAGUGCUUCAGGUUAAGAACUUUGCUUCAGGAUAAGAACAGAAAUCGUGCUCCGGAGGCAGCAGGAGGCCCCAUUAGCUAAAGUGGUGCUUCAGGUUAAGAACAGUUUCAGGUUAAGUACGGACCUCCGGAACGAAUUAAGUACUUAACCCGAGGUACCACUGUACUUUCUACCAGGUACCCAUCUUAGAAUCCUGUUGGUUCCAUUGUUGGGCCUGAACCGGAUUUCACACACAACAUGUCUCAACGGUGUACGUUUUGCUUCCUGGACACUGUGCAUUAAUUGCAUCAGAGUGGUUGUGUAGAGAGGCCUUCUUUGUUUGCAGAAGUCAUUAGCACUGACGGAGGAGAAAACACCCCCCAGACAGCAGCUAUGGUGAUGGCUUCCACUCACCGUGGACCUUUCACUAGCCAUGACCUCCUAGACCCUUCAGACAUGUGGGGUUUCCAGGAUGCUGGGCCAAGUAUGAAGCUCUCUGCUGCAGACGACAGGCAUCCAUCAGCUUCCAACUGGUAAGUACAAUGGUUAUUGUGCAGUCAGCAUGCUAAUGGGUUGGGCAGCCUGAAAGUCCAUAACUAGUGUGAGAUUUUGUUGGGGUUAAGUGGACGUAGGCUGUGUUUUUCAUGGAUUACAGUGGACGUGUUUGAUGGUUGGAGGCAGGAGGAGAUGAGCCUGGGGGAGGAGUAGAUUCCUGAAAGAAUAAGGGGAAAGUAGAGGUUGAUUCUCGAAGCUAGUGCAUAUUAUUUCUUUUCUAUCUUUUCAGGUGGAGAAAAAGAGUAGCCACAGCACCUUCCAAUGUUGGCUUCUAGAGCCAAGGUAGGUUUCUGCAAAUGGAUGGUGUGGGACUAGGAGGAAGGGAAGGGGGUCAGGCCACAUAACUUGGCUGUUCUUUGGGUUGGACAUUUGGACUGGCAGCAGGAAGCAGUUGGAGAAUGAAAGACCACAGACAGGCUAGUACAGGGUUUCCCAAACCUGGGUCUCUAGCUGUUUUUGGACUACAAUUCCCAUCAUCCCUGACCGCUUGGUCCUGUUAGCUAGGGAUCAUGGGAGUUGUAGUCCCAAGACAUCUGGAGGGCCAAAUUUGCCUAUGCCUGCUGUUUAGCUAGGGAUGAUGGGAGUUGUAGUCCAACAGCAGCUGGAAACCCAAGUUUGGGAAGCUCUGGGCUAGUGCUUACAACUACUCACCUCUCUUUCGUUCUCUUACUCUUCUCCUCCUUUGCUGACGCUUGCGCUGUCCUGUCAGACCUGGACAGCCAUGUUUCGGAUGUGGAAGAGUAAGAGUAAGGAUGACAGCUUCCUCUUAACUCUUGGCAACAUCCACUGCACGUCUGCUUGCAAGCAAGCUGGGGGGUGGUGGUUUAGUACAAAAUGCGUUCAGGGCAAAGCAACUGAUUCCAGAUCUCCUCUCCUGUGUUGCAGGAGCAGCCAGAAUGGCAACAGCAGAACCAGCACCGUACCACAAGUUACGUGAAGUCUGCUUUGUGGACAAAGAACGCUCGUCUGGUCUGCCCCUGUAGCUGCAACCAGACCCUCACGUCUCAAGCGCAAGAUGUUAAGAGCAGUGAAGUAGCAAAGUUUGCUGAUAUUGAAUAAAUUGUUGGGGGGGGGUUGUGUGUGUGAGGAGGCAGCUAUCCCUCGUCCUUGGACUAUGGUGGGAGGGAGUUGACCACACCAGUCCCAGGGCUGGCAUUGUUUCAGGCACUGGUUGGGCAUCUGUCAGAAAACAUGGAAGCUUAGGAUCCUAUAGUGCCAUGCCCUCCCUGCUGCCAACACCACCUGGAACACACCUGCCGCCAUCUCAGGCAGAACACAGAAUACGUCCCAUGGGCGUCCUGACCAGCACACCUGAGCAGCCCUGGCGUUGCUUCUUGCGGCUCCUCAGCUGGGUGUAGGAUUGCACCUUACAAGUAGCUAAGUGCAGUUUCGUGCUGAGCAGAAGGGCUUUCCAGAUAAUGUUCUCCGAGCCGAGUCCAGUAGCUUAAAUAAGAACCACACGCUUUGGGAUAGAAAUGCGCACAGCAGUGUAUUCUGGUGUUGAGGGGCAGCGGAAACAAUAACACGGUGGGUUUUUAAUUCCUGCAGAACCAGCGUCCUUGGGGUACAGGGGAGAUCAAGAACCACCCCCAUGCUCACGCUGAACCAAGCACACCUACAGAGCCUGCCUUUCUUGAAGGAGAUCUCCAGGACGUCACAGAGAAUAUUCUACGGACUAUUUUGCAGAAAAAGGCAAUGCAUAUUUGUACAGUAUAUGUUCCAGAGCCUCCCCCCACCCCGUUUCUUUCUUUCAAAGUUUCUUCAAGUUAUUAUUAGAAAUUCUCUUUCUGUAUUAAAAAUGGAGUUUGCCUUUUUCCAA